AAUCGUAAUUCUGACAAAUACAAAUAAGGACAGAUUUUCCGUCACAGACAUUUUUGGAAUAUUUCUGAGGAUUGUUUUGUUCCCCGUGCACUCAAAGGCAGUGGUGCGGUCCAAUAGUAUUGAAGGCAAAGCUUUAAAACGUUUGUUUUCACCGAGAGGAAGAAGUGUCGCCGAUACUCACCGCUGCCGCGCUGGGCACAAAAACGGUUGUGACAUUUAAUUUGUAUCUCGUCGGCUUUCUGACAGCAGCUUUCUUAGCUCGCCAUGGCUCUGUGCGGGGGUGUCGGAGCCAUGGCUUUGCCCAGCGAGCUUAUCGUUCAUAUAUUCUCCUUUCUGUCCGACCGAGACAAGCUCCGGGCCUCGGCCGUGUGUUCACGAUGGAGGGAGUGUCUCUUCUACCCUGCGCUGUGGACCGAGCUCAAACUGCGGAUAGGUGGUGGGUGUAACGGUGGCGGUUCCAGCUCGGAGGAGAACCCGAAGCUGGAGUUCCUCAUGCGGAAGUUCGGUUCCUUCGUGCGUGAGCUGCAGCUUGAACUCGCACCGGUGGAAGGCUACCUGAGUCCUCUGAACAGCGACCCGUCGUCCACCAGGAUGGACCAGCCUCCGGGUCCCGAUAAUGACCCGCAGCUCUCCGAGCGAUGGAGAGACGCCAUGGCCACCUAUUUGGACCAGGUGCUGUGUGUGUUCACCAGCAUCCGUAACAACAGAAAUCUGCAGAAGCUGAGUCUAUAUGGAGACACCUGUAUUCUCCAGCAGGAGGGACUGUUGGACAGCUCCAACCUACAUCAAAUUCACCAGGGAGACAAAAAGAUCAAUGAAAUCCAGCAGUUGUUCAUGGAGUUGUUGUCUAACAGCAGGCAGCUGAGGUGGUUGUCUUGUAGCUUCAUGCUGGGUCUGGUAACUCCCUGCUCCUUAGCCUGCUUGUCGAAUCCUUCAGCUGAGACCCUGCAGCACCUCAGUUUACUGGAUCACCAGCUGGGUCCACUCAUCUCUCCGUCAGAGCUGGAUCGUCUAUCUAAUCUUCACUCUCUGGCUCUGGAUUUCUCUGAUUUGACAUCUGAGCUUUGUGGUCUGCUGGCAUCUCCACGGCGAACUCCGCUCCAUCGCCUCUCCCUGUUGCUAAACGGCGCUGCCCUGGAGUUCAAACCAGUUGAAGGAACAGCUACAGAGGACGACUGGAAGGCACUGGUUCGUGUGAGUGCCAACUUGCGAGUGUACAUCAUGGCCCUGGAGGUGGACAGCUCAGAGCUGCUCAGGGUCUUAAAGCCAAGCCUUCCUCUGGAGCGCCUCCACCUCGACAGUUACAAUACACUGGUGUCCGACGCCACAUUGGAGCUCAUCUCUCAGCAGUACAACAAAACGCUGACUCACUUCCUGCUCCUGAGGGAUGACCCCGACUUCCCUGACCUCAGCGUCAAUCGGAAUGAAGACCCGUUGGUCCUCUUGACAUGGAGAUGUACUCAGCUGGCUGUACUGGUGAUACAUGGUUACACUGUAUGGUCACAUAACUUGGUGGCCAUCUCUCGGCUGCGUGGCUCCAGUCUUCGUGUCCUGACCGUCUCCGAGGAGAGCAUCGACUUCGACCCGGACCAGUCGGUGUGCAUGGAGGGCAACCCGGUUCACAACCUGGUCAAGGAGGUGUCACUGGGCCUCGGCCGCGCCUGGCACCCUUGCCUGGAUUCCAGCCUGGUUUUGUCUGAACCCACCCAGCACUUCCACCGCGAGCUGCACGCCUUCAGCAUGGGCAUGUAGGCAGGGAUGACAAAUGCAACACAUCACAGCUUAAAGUGCAUCAAGACCAGGUCAGACUAACCAAGUCCAAGUCAACUCAGACCUCUGUAUGAGGCCUAAAGCAGACCUAAGUAGAAAUCUCAACUGGAUCUUUAUAUCAAUCUUGGAAUUACAUUAUAUGAACUAAUGUGAGCUGGUUGUUUUUAUUUUACUUUUAUUUUUGCGUUUCUUUCACGGGGAUUUUAGCACACAUCAAGUCCUACCACUUUCUAAAUGAUUCAAUUUUCUAGCUUUGCCUUUUGUUUAUCUAGUAAGCUAGUAAAUUGGACAGACAAAUGUUUUAAAUCAAUUUUCCAACUAAGACUACCCAAUUGAAAUAGGAUAUUCUAUAUCUCCUGAUAAUUAGUCGAUAUUCAUUCAGUUUGACGGCAUACCAAUCUGUGUGCUCUGACCACAGGCUAGACUUCAUGAGUUAUGACCAUUUUAAUUAGUCUGCUGAAUCAGGUCAUUCUGCUGCUCUCAGUGUACUCUGGUCUGGCCCAGUCUGGUCUGGUCUUGAUCAACAAGUAUUCAGAACUCGAUGUCUAUCCUUCACCAUAAUAACCUCCAGAGCCUCUGUAUGAUGUAACUAUGAUUUGUUUAUUCUUUUUUGUUUCUUUUUUUUAUUUGACCGCUUUUGAUCUCCCUGCUCUGUGUAUAACCUUGUUUUACCUGUGUGGUGGUUCCCUUGCCUGUAUAGGCUUUGUGUGUAUUUAAAUACAGAUAUAUAAUUACCCUGCUCACCGCUAGAACAGGACAGGCAGGCGGGUUGAGUGAUGGACCGGUGGGAUUUAGGGGAGGGGAAUGUGUGUUCCAGCAAAAGCUACUAGCUUUAGUUGUGAAAGUCUUUUUUUUCUUUUUCUUUUUUGUUUCUUUUUGAAAUAUUUGCUCUGUGUCGGUCUGUCUGUCUGCUCCACUCUGACAAAAGUUGGAGUUUGUAAACAAACCGAUCAAUCACUUCCUUGGAAACACAACCAUAGCUGCUUCUGCUGUUGUUCUGAAAGAGCACCUUGUGCACUCGUCCACUAGUUUGAGAGCCUUGCCAGCAGAGUGGAGGUGUCCACUGUAAUGAGGCAGGUGCUUAUCAGUUUUAAUGUUGUUUUCAGCAACAGCCAUGUCAGUCCUAUGACUCAGAUUUAUGUCCAUUGUAAAGUGAGUGGAAUUCCAAAGCCGAAUGGUUUCAUUAAGGGUUUUGAGCACCUUACUGAUGGUGUUGCGGAGAAUAUUGUUACAUGCUUGCAGUCAACACACUUCCCACCCUGCUCACCUGUCGACUUUUUAAGAAACCUCACUAGUCCAUUACAUAGGGAGCCUCGUCUUCCAAACGACAUUCAGAGCCAAACUAUAAGAUUCAGCCUGUCAAUGCACCACUCACCCCACUUCUGUUUUGUUUUGAUCUGUAGUGAGCUGGUUGUAAAUCUUUGCAACUUUGUUCUAUAUUCACAGUGAAUAUAGCUGCCUUUGCUCUCCUCUAGAGGUCAAGACUUGUAUCACUAUUUCAGAGCCCUUUUAUCCAAAAAUGUCUUUAAGUCAAAGAAGACAGCAGAGUGUGAUCAUAAGUUGAAAGGCUCUGAAAUUUAGAAAUCUUUAAUUAGUUGUGCAUUACUCAAACCAGAAAAAGGGUUUUCAUUCCAUAAUGACAUACAUAGAAAUCUCUGUGACUACUUCACAGUUAAUGGUGAGGCCAUGCUAAAACAACACCAGUGCUCUGUAGGCAAAGCUUCCUAAGGUUUUGCAGUCAUGCCAGCUGUUUGAGGGCAAGAACUAUUUAGUUCUUGUCAUAGAGUAAAACCUUUCAUGCUAAAGAACAGGGAAAAGAUAAAUGUGUACUGAAUGUAACUUAACUCCCAUUGUGUCAUUCUCUUGGCCAGUCAGGUUUUUGUUAAUAUUGAAGGCUUACUGUAUAGCUAUCAUUUCCGCAGACAUUUGGCAGAUGCACAUCUUGCCACAGACGGCCACAGCUGCUGCCUAAAUAAGUUUGGACAUUGUAGGUCCCACUAACGGCCAAGGCUGUUUAUUUUUCCAAGAAGUGGCACCUACAGCACAACAAGGUUUUGGGUCAUUUGGCAUUUUUCUGUGGUGAAGAUUUUCUCUGUCAGUCUCAGGUAGGCUCUUAACAUCACUUUGACCAGGACAGUGGUCGAGUAGGGUGUGUGAAACAAUCAGUGAGUGUAAGAUAUUGUCUUUUUUUUUUUUUUUUAUUUCCUCUUGAGUCACAGUUGCCUUGGAAACAGCCCCUUGUUUUCUGGAUACAGUUGUUUGUUGUUGUUAUUAACAGUGUUGUUUAUCUUGCCAUCUGAUAAACCCUCGCUCCGCCAUGGUUUGGGGUGUCAGCAAACCUAAUCAUACAUUUGUUUUUAAAGAUUAAGGUUGAUAUAGACUAAAGGAUGGCUCAUUGCACAUGUUUAAUAUCGGCAGUAGAUGAUGUGGGGAACAGAGUGGCCGUGGAAGAAAAUCCAUGCUGUCAUAGAGGACCUGCUGGGCCCAGUUAAUGUCUGAACUGAAUGUAGUUGUAACAACUUCUGUCUGGCACAGUGGAUCUGUCUAGCUGGCUUCCAUUAACUAGGGGGAAGGCAUUACUUUGAUUGAAUCAUAAUUGCCUUUUCAUAGUCUGAUUCUAACUUUGAAAAUUUACCAACAUAAUGCCUUUGCCCUAAUAAAUGAAACAUGCUGUUCACGCUCUGUGGAAGAAUGAGCACGCCAUGUUCAGGGCUCGAGCCAGACGAAAUAUAUUGUGCUCCACAAAACCCUAGUUUUGUGUGGGAGCUGGACCAGGUAUCGUUCCAUCUGGUGUCCAGUAUUGUAGCUGCUGUGAUAUACUCGGGUCUUAUUAAGGCAUUUCCUGAGCUGAGUUAGGAUUUUACAAGCAAAAUCAAAGUUGGGUUGAGCCUUACUUCUGCAGGCAAAUACUGUCACCUAGCCAUUGUUGGAAAAGUUACCCUCCCAAAUGGCUUCAGCUCAGUUACUGUUGUGCACACCAUGGCACUUUAGAAGUCGGGGCAAAGACAUUGCAGACUGUGAAGGUCCAUAUCAAGGUCUGUAGUUUACAAGGUCGACCUGCAAUUUUUCCCCUCGGACUGAUAUGGAACCAGAGUUAUACAAUGUGUUGGCACUUUGCUUCGUUCUGAAUGAAUUGGUCGAUGAGUUGGUGGGCCUGCGGUUACCAAAUCUGUUAAGGGACCUCGAUGGUUUAGCCAUGAUAAUCUCUCUAGUCCUUGGUCCAUAUCUCAGGAUAAAUGCACUCUGGUACCAAGAGUUUCUUUUAAAGGCUGCCUGUGGCUGUACACUCACACACUUGGAGGCAAUCGCAUUACCAAUGUAACACAUUCAGACCAAAAUAUGUUGGUUUUUAUCUUACUCCUCCCCCUGCACUUUUUUCCUGCCAUUUUGUUUUUUUAGAGCACAACUUUGCUCCUUUAUCUGAGAUAUAACAUGUUAUUAGUGUAUUGUGUGUAGACAUCGCCUGAUCAGGAGGGGGUAAUCACAGCGAUAUAUAGUAGAAUGUAAUUUCGAACUAGAUAAUCUGAUCUGAGCAAAUGGAUCUUUACAAAUAACCAAUUUUAAACAGCUGAUUUUACUAAAUCCACCCUCACACACGGUGUGUGCUUCCUCCUCUGUUUCCUGCCUGCUCAACCCCCCUCAUGAUAUUGGCUGCACAGUGGAAUCAGAUCGCAGUGUUUGAGGGCCCUCAUGUCUCUGCUCAGAAUAAGGGGAGGGGCUUUGAGUCUUCCUGAGUGAUGGUUAGCUAGAACAGAAUUGCAUUUUUCUUUAACUAUAAUAUUCACAUUUGGAAAAUGUCUUCUGUUCUAAUCAUGAAGAAGGUCUUCUGGAAUGGAGGCUCAAGGGCAAUCUUUAUCAGAAGCCAAUGUUAUGACAAGUGGUGAUCAUAUAGAUAUUUUAGGAAAGUUCAGGCCACAAAUCUGGAUGAUGAAGACAAUGUAGACAAAAGCACAAGAGCAGAAAGGCGUCUUGAUUAUUGCUUCAGUUUUUUUUUGUUUUGGUUUUUUUUGCUUCUUUACCAAAACACACCAAUAUUUUAGUAAUGAUGGCGUGCAAAUAACUCUGUGUUGUUCUGGCAAGGAGAGAAGAGGUGAGACAAAGUUCUGCCAGUGGGACAUUGCUGACAGGCACAUUAUGUUACACACAAAUAGUAACAAUAUAGCAUAGCAUUUUCAGAACUACUAUCAGUGGGGAAAUGACUGUUCCGUGAUCUCUUUCUGUCAUCCCCUACAGCUAAAUAUUGAGCCAUCUCGUGCCUGAAAGCUUCUCGAGUCUGCUUUUCAAACCUCUGCUCUCCCCAAUUUAUUAUUAGCUGUGUUUUUGUUUGUUGUGUUGUUAGCUCGCCCUUUAAGGAGGCAAUAUUAGAAGCUACAGUAGUUAAUGUUUCAGCACGCAUGUGUUUUAAUUUUUCUUGGAGCGUGUCUGUAUUUCUUUUUUUUGCGCAAGCUUUCAUGUAAGCAUCAGAAGUAUCUAGUAGAAACGUGUGAAUAAGAUGGUAUGAAUGUGUGUGUGUGAACAAGUUGUCAGCAGCCAUCAUGUGUUUUCUGCGUGCAUUUGUGUGUGUGUGUAUUUAAGGGGGGGAUCAUGUUAGGCAGUGUAGUCUUAUCAUUUCUGCUGCAGCAGGAAACAGGAACAGAAGUCAUUCGUUCUCAGGGUACAGUCGGAGGGAAAGUUACAAUAGCUCAGGCCUCUAGCUCACUCAUACGAGUAACAGGAGUCACUGGAUCUGUUCUCCUCCCUCGAUGUGUUUUAAGCUGCCAAAGACCACAGUGGAACAAACUAAAACCCAGACACAAGUCUCUCUGAAGUGCCCAUGUACGCACACACUGGCAGGAGGCUGGUCCAGUAUUCUUCUCUACUCUACACCUCGUUCUAGUGCUUUCCAUCAUGACAUUUCUUUUGUCCUGACUCGUAGUGGUUCCACUCCACACUUGUCAUACUGACAACUACCAUUUUGUUUUUGUGUGUCUAAAGUCUGCCCUUACUAUACUGUGGACCAGACUGUGCUGGAUGAGGCAAAAUGUCAGCUGUGCUGUUGUGUGGUUGCUGUCAAAAGAGACCAAAGCAGACCUGUAUGCAAAGGUUGGUCAAAUGUUGUGUUAGAGGCUGAACCCUAUGUUCAAAACGUAGGCAUAGUUAUGUCACCAUAUACAUCAUAUGUCACUUGAUAAGGGUAUGCAGCGUUGGUGCCCAGCUUGUGGCCAAAUUCCUGCAUGUUACUGAGGCGUCACAGAGCAAAGCAAGGGCUGUCACUCGAGUGCAGUUUCCUUCUAUACUGUGAUAAAGUUGGACCAUGUCAGCCAUAUUUGUUCAACACCAUAUUUCUCCCUCUCUGUUUUUCCCAUCACCUGUUUCACUGUGAGGAGUGAGUGAAUGUAAAACUAAAGGCAAGGAGGACGAGGAGGUUCGGUUCAAUAUCAGAACACGUCGGGGCUGAACACUCCCUCAGAUGCUUCCACAAGCUACUUUCUGACAGAUUAUAGCCUCCCGGCUGGGACAAAGGCCAGUGUGCCCGUGGCCAAGGUCAAAUUCAAUGUGGAAGUGUUCAGCCCCCGGCUUUUGGAACUGUAAAGUGAUCCGCUGCUAGAGAUCUGCUAGGAACAGGACAUUCCAAACGGGGGUUGCUCAGGCAGUCUGACUAGCAAACAGAUACUACACGGCUAGUGUCUGCAUGGAAAUUAGACUCUAUAUAUAUAUAUAUAUGCUAUAUUUUUUUUACUUUGAAUGAGUUGAUAUGUUUUGGAAGAGAUCAGGGAUGCAGCUUGUGUUGACUAGUCACACCAGAUUACCAGCUGGUCUGAGCAGAGCGGAGGUGUGAUACCUGUUUAUUUAGAAGUGGCUGUUUGUCACCCUUUCAAAGGUCGACUGUGUUUCUAACAUGUGUUACUGCAACACCAAGCUGUGCUUUCACUCAACGCUUCAGCAUACUGAGGCCAUUUCAAGGCCUUUUGUGUCCGGUACACUAAAGGUAACACAUGAACCCAACUGUGCUGAAAUGUUGGACUAACUACUGUGUCCAUGAAGUGAGUUGGAUUCAUCUUUUUCAAUCAGUCUGCCAGGUUAAAAAAAACAUGAAUACACACAGAACAUGGUCAGUCUGGAUGCAGAGGGGCACCUCAUGUCUGUGCUGGACUUACUUCUGCCAUUAAAUGACUGGUUUGAAGGUUCUAGAGGGGAGAUGGGCUGUCCAUUAUUCAGGAGACCAUUACCUGCAGUUACGGUCACAGCCAGUUCAAUCUGCCCCUUUGACCUCUUUGUUUUGUUUAGAUUUUUCUCUGCUAUUUAUAUGCAUUCAUAGAGAUAUCCCAGAAGACAACAGGGUUCCCUCUGUGGCCUGAUGAGUAAUUGAAUCCACGGAGCUGGCCUCUCAUGUUGUCCAUCUGAGACAGUCGACAGUUUAUUACAACUGUUGAAACACAGGGACCUGAUAAGUCUGUCCUACCAGGCUCAAAUACAAAAAGUGGGAUUUGACACUUCUUUCCUGCUACUUAAUAGUAUUGACGUGGACAGAAGCGUUAGUGUGUUAUUUUAGUACCAAAGCAGCAGACUGUGUCAGAUCUGCAUCAGUCUAAACGCAGGCUCAGAGCCACAGGCAGACACACAUCACACACACGACCAGUUUCACAUCCACUUUUGAUCUUUGCUCAGACUCGAUGCCAGCUUGAGAGUUGGUGAUGUUGACUCUGGGAUGUUUUGGAAACUCAAACUAGCUGUCAAAGAGAGGCAGUGAGUUGGUUCUGGGCCUAACGCCUUCUCUCAAAGAGUUUCAGGGAAGGUUGACUUGUUUCUGAAGGGAUUACCAUUAAAGGACAGGGUUUCUUCGUCACAAUGUGAGAGUUCAGGCGCUUCCUGUUUGUUUUAUUUUUUUAUUGAAAUGCUAAGACCAUAGACUACUACCAGUACAUGCAAGACCUCUGAAUGGGCUCACACAGGGCUGGACUCUACAGGAAUGUGAAGAAUCAGAUUAACAUCCUGAUAUGUCUCUGUUACUUGGAGAAAAACACUGGAUGUGCAUUGCACUGGUAUAAAAUCAGUCCUGUGUAACAGAGGUAGAUAGAUGUGUGUGGACUCUGAUAUAAUCCGGGAGAAGGAGAGGUUCAUACAGAGCAAGGACUUUAGCAGCUGGCCACACUGAGAGCCUCCAGUUUUUACUUCCAGCCAUAGCUGACACUAAAACUGGUUUUGCAGUAAGUGUAUGAUGAUGAUCCCAGCAUAACAGUGACAUUAAGGGUAUUAUCAUGUCACACUGCAUUUCUUAAGAAGAAACAACAAAAUGGCACUGAUUGCAUAACCUGGCCAAACUCUGUCAGUUGCUCUGGUUCAUAUCCCAGAGGUUUGUGUGUAGCGCCUGGCUAUAUCAAGGAACUGAUAGAUAUUCAUGCUCAGUGUCAGCCAACUAUCUUCAUUUAGAUCUCAGCUACUGUGGCUCUGAUGUUUCUGGCUGCUAAACAAAGUCUUUCUUGUCAAGUCUGGAGAGCCAAAGCUCCUAAUUAGCCAGGCAGGCAGGCCUGCUGCCCAUUCCAGCCUCACAACUAUGCAAGAGGAAUGCAUAUAAUCCACACUCUUCUCUCUGUUUUGGUUCUGUUUUUAUAUUUUCUUUUUCUCACUGUCACAUAGUAGAAAUGAAGACGUACAAACUAAUAAGAACUUGCAAUGACAAUACUUGGCCUUAUGAUGAUUUAUGAAAAUCUUAUCAUUUUUAGUUUUAAGAUCUUUUGAUUCUGGUCAGCCAGCCCAGCGACAGCAGCGGUGACGGCGGGCUCACUCUUGGUCUCUGUGAGACUGGCUAGACGGCCCCUAGUUUUAUCGUGGUACGAAUGUUGUGCAUUUGUUUAAAAUCAGGACAGUUUGCAAUAACAGCAGUCUUACUAGUGGCCACAAGGGGGCACAAGCAGUGCUGACAGCGCCCGGCUGCGUCUUUAGAAAACCAUAGAGGAAGAAAUAUAAACUAUAUAAAUAGAUAUAUAAACUCACACAGUGCAUAUUUGUAUAGGUAUCAACAAUGCAUUACCGUGGUAUACUCUUAUGCAACACAUGUCCGGGUUCAAUUUCUGAACAUGAAGUAUAUUAUAAAAUCACACAGACUUUGUAAAUCAGAAGCUAUGUUGUUGUGUGUUUUUUGCGAAAAUGGUUUUACCAUCCUCAAUGUUGAAUAUUCUGAGCGUUAUGUUCCUGUGUGAUUGUGUUUGUUAAGUGAGCACAUAGCAGUGGGUUUUACCUUCUUCCUGAAAGCAGGGAACCAGACGUAACCUAAAACACAGCUAGACCAGAUUUCACGUCGCAGAGCAGAUUUUAAAUACAUUUCACUAAUUUCUUAAAAAAUGUCCAGAUCAGAUCUGUGAACAAUUUUAUAAACAUCACGUCUAACUCAACUGAAAUGUAUCUGCAUGAUCCACUCUGAGAUGUAUGGCUUCACAUCUGUUAAAGUAUUUUGCUGGUUUUUAACAUAGAUGAGAAUAAAGAAUUGCUCUGACCAACUUAGAAAAGGUCCUCUCUAAGAAUGUGCCCAAAUUGUCUAGAAAACUCUGACUUGAAAUCUUUCCAGCCGUGUUUUGGAUGAGUCUGCAGGGAAUGAGUCCUCUCCAGCUGAGAGGACAGAUUUUAUCAUCGAGAACAGUGUUGAUCCAUGGUUCUGUUGUGGAGAAAAGGGAGGACACAUUACAGACCUCCAUAUAAAACCUCUUUUAACUGACAGAUGGCGUACACUUGAGAGGUCAACCUGCCGAAUGUUGAUUUGAAUUAAUGUUGAAUGAAUGCUCCUCUUCUUUUAGUCAGUGAAUAAAAGCAUUAAAAAGUCA